AUGCAGCUGUGAUACUACAACCACUACCACCGAAGUUCCCCACUUCGCUUUGCAGAACUUGCAGGGGACUAUCGUCUGCAUAACCAACCCCUCUUUCUGACACACAUGCACACAAUGUUUACUACUAUUAUAUAGCCUUCCCAGAGAGCCUUUUCGUCAUUCUUUGCCUCCAAAGAGAUCAGAUGGAAUCCUCAAAUCCUGACAUGUCCGAGCCUGUGCCACCACCUCCACCUGUUAUUCCACCAAAUGUAGUUCCACUGAAACCUGAACAAGCCAAUAUUCCUGAAACAUUGAAGAAGCCACCAAAGAUGAACCGUGUCCCAAUGGACAGGCAUGGCAUUGGUUCAAAAGGGCAAAAGCUUCAGCUUUUAACUAACCAUUUUAAAGUUGGUGUGGCCAGUUCCAAUGGCUACUUUUUCCAUUAUAGUGUUUCUCUAUUUUACGAGGAUGGACGUCCUGUUGAUGGAAAAGGUAUUGGAAGAAGAGUGCUUGACAAAGUUCAAGAGACAUAUGACACUGAGCUUGCUGGUAAAGACUUUGCGUACGAUGGUGAAAAGAGUUUGUUCACUAUUGGUUCUCUUCCACGCAACAAGCUUGAGUUCACUGUUGUAUUGGAUGAUAUUUCAUCAAAUAGAAAUGUGGGAACUGGAAGCCCUAUAGGUAAUGGCAGUCCAAAUGAGAGUGACCGAAAGAGAUCGAGAAGGGACUUUCAGUCCAAAACCUUUAAGGUGGCAAUAAGCUUUGCUGCCAAAAUCCCAUUGCAAUCUAUUACAAAUGCUUUGCGUGGACAGCAAUCUGAGCACUUUCAGGAGGCAGUGAGAGUGCUUGACAUCAUACUCAGGCAGCAUGCUGCGAAGCUGGGCUGCCUUCUUGUCCGUCAAUCAUUCUUUCACAAUGAACCAAGAAACUUCACAGAUUUGGGAGGUGGUGUUCUUGGCUGCCGGGGUUUCCAUUCGAGUUUUCGAGCAACUCAGGGUGGUCUUUCCCUGAACAUUGAUGUAUCAACGACAAUGAUUGUAAAGCCUGGGCCUGUGGUGGAGUUUCUUCUUGCAAAUCAAAGUGUGAGAGAUCCAUCUGAGAUUGAUUGGACCAAGGCUAAAAGGAUGCUAAAGAAUCUAAGGAUCAAGACCAUCCCAACUAAUACAGAAUACAAAAUUACCAGCUUGAGUGAUAAACCUUGUAAAGAGCAAACGUUUUUAUUCAGACAAAAAAAUGGAAAAGAUGGUGAUGGUGAGGUCCAACCAAUUGAAAUAACAGUCUAUGAAUAUUUUGUUUCUCAUCGCCAUAUAGGCUUGCGCUAUUCUGGAGAUUUCCCCUGCAUAAAUGUUGGGAAAGCAAAGCGCCCAGUCUUCUUCCCUCUUGAGCUUUGCUCGUUGGUUUCUUUGCAACGGUACACCAAGUCAUUAUCUAAUCAGCAAAGAGCUUCUCUAGUGGAAAAAUCUCGGCAGAAGCCCCAAGAAAGGAUGAGAGUUUUGAUGGAUGCUUUGAAAAGUAGCAAUUAUGAUGCUGACCCUCUUCUUGGUUCUUCUGGAAUUUCAAUUGGCACUCAGUUUACUCAAGUUGAAGGUCGGGUUUUGUCAAUCCCAAAGUUAAAAGUUGGCAAUGGGGAGGAUAUAUUUCCUCGCAAUGGGCGUUGGAACUUUAACAACAAGAAAUUGGUUGAACCAAAGAGGAUUGAACGUUGGGCAAUUGUAAACUUUUCUGCUCGCUGUGACGUCCAUGGUCUGUGUAGAAAUCUAAUUAAGUGUGGAGAAAUGAAAGGAAUUUUUAUUAGUUCUCCAUUUGAGACAUUUGAAGAGAAUCCUCAGUUUAGGCGCAGCCCUGCUCCUGUUAGGGUGGAGAAGAUGCUUGAUGUAAUAAAGUCAAAACUCCCUGGACCACCUCAAUUUCUUCUGUGUAUACUCUCAGACAGGAAGAAUUCUGAAAUCUAUGGUCCAUGGAAGAGGAAGACUCUUGCUGAACUUGGAAUAGUUACACAAUGCAUUGCACCUACAAAAGUGAAUGAUCAAUACCUUACUAAUGUGCUUUUAAAAAUCAAUGCUAAGUUGGGUGGUAUUAAUUCCCUGUUAACUAUUGAACAUUCUCCGUCUAUGCCUCUGGUUUCUAAACUUCCCACCAUAAUCCUUGGGAUGGAUGUGUCCCAUGGCUCUCCUGGCCGUUCAGAUGUUCCAUCUAUUGCUGCGGUGGUCAGUUCCAGGCAGUGGCCACUGAUUUCCCGCUACAGGGCUUCUGUUCGUUCACAGUCACCAAAAGUUGAAAUGAUAGAUUCUCUAUACAAACCAGUGUCUGAUACUGAUGAUCAGGGCAUAAUAAGGGAGCUGUUAAUGGACUUCUAUACAAGUUCAGGAAAAAGGAAGCCUGAUCAGAUAAUUGUUUUUAGGGAUGGAGUCAGUGAGUCCCAGUUCAACCAAGUUUUGAACAUUGAACUGGAUCAGAUUAUCGAGGCUUGCAAACACUUGGAUGAUAAAUGGUGUCCGAAGUUCAUGAUGAUUGUUGCACAAAAAAAUCAUCACACCAAAUUUUUUCAGGCCAAUGCCCCGGAUAAUGUUCCACCUGGGACAGUUAUUGAUAACAAAGUUUGUGAUCCGAAAAGCAAUGACUUCUACAUGUGUGCUCAUGCAGGAAUGAUUGGUACGACCAGGCCUACACGUUAUCAUGUUAUACUUGACGAGCUUGGCUUUUCACCAGAUGAUUUGCAGGAACUCGUGCAUUCCUUGUCCUAUGUGUACCAACGGAGUACUACGGCCAUAUCUGUAGUUGCUCCAAUAUGCUAUGCCCACUUGGCAGCAUCACAAAUGUCCCAGUUUAUAAAGUUCGAUGAGAUUUCAGAGUCAUCUUCUAGCCAUGGUGGGCUCACUUCUGUUGGUGGAGCUCCCGUGCAAGAACUCCCCAGGCUGCAUGAAAACGUGCGUAGUUCUAUGUUCUUUUGCUAAAAGUGCACUCACCAUUCAUUCUGAGUGAUGUAUAGGCGACAGAAUUGAACUGAAAUAUGUAGAGGUUAAUGCUUAGCAUGGGAAUGCCACCCUGCAAAAACCAUAUGAUAGUAUUAUUAAAUUAGGUUCUGGAAAUACUUUGGUGGAGUUGUAGAUUGAUGCCAUGGCAUUUGUGGCAGUUAUGGUUUUGAGUUUGGGCAUUUCUACGCUUUAUCUGGCAGCCUACGUCAUCAAAUUCUACAGUUAUAUGGAUGUUUUUCUUGUUAUAUUAUUGCUAGUAGUAGAGUGGAACUCAGAAAGAAUGAAUUCAGCAGUGUUUGAUGCUACGUAUUCAUUAUAUGAGUAGUUCUGUUUUUGAAUUUUAA